GGAGGAGCAUGGCUCCCUUAGCUUCUACUGAACAGUCACAAUGAAGUUCGUGAUCUUGGCUUUGUUUGUCGCUGGUGCCUACGGGUGUGGCCUGCCCACCUUCCCUCCCACCCUCACCAGGGUGGUUGGUGGAGAUGAUGUCCGUGAGCACAGUUGGCCCUGGCAGGUGUCUCUGCAGUACAAGAGUGGAAGCGGCUACUACCACACAUGUGGUGGCACCCUGAUCUCCAACCAGUGGGUCCUCACUGCUGCUCACUGCAUCGGCAGUCGCACCUACAGAGUCUACCUGGGAAAACACAGCAUGAAGACCAACAAUGAGGCCGAUUCCAUCGCCAUCAGCCCCGCCAAGAUCGUCGUCCACGAGAAGUGGGACUCUUACAGAAUCCGUAACGACAUCGCCCUUAUCAAGCUGUCAACUCCUGUCACUUUCUCUGACGCCAUCAAGGCUGCCUGUCUUCCCAACUCUGGUGACAUCCUGCCCAACAAUGCUCCCUGCUACGUCACCGGCUGGGGUCGUCUCUGGACUGGAGGUGCUACUGCCGACAUCCUGCAGCAGGCCCUCCUGCCCGUGGUGGACCACGCCAGCUGCACCAAGCCAGACUGGUGGGGCAGCCUGGUCACCCAAAAUAUGGUCUGUGCUGGAGGAGACGGACAGCUGGCCAGCUGCAACGGAGACUCCGGCGGUCCCCUGAACUGUCAGAACCCUGAUGGCUCCUGGGACGUCCAAGGCGUGGUGAGCUUCGGCUCCAGCAUGGGCUGCAACUACCCCAAGAAGCCCUCCGUCUUCACUCGGGUCAGCAGCUACAUCUCCUGGAUCAACAACGUGAUGACCACGAACUAAGAUGUUGUUGGUUUGUGUAAUUGUUGGUUCUUGCACUUCAUUAAAUAAAUGAUGCAGUGUCUUCAAAA